GAAUGACGGUCUGUGCUUGAGUGUAGAUGGAGCAUGGCAAAAGAGAGGUAGCAGAAGAGGAUAUGACAGUUUAUCAGGACAUUGCACAAUGAUCGGGUCAAAUUCUGGGAAGGUGCUUGGCUUUUCAGUGAGGAGCAAAUUAUGCAAAGUUUGCGAUAUCGCUAAAAGUAAGAAAGCUACCCCAAAGCCGCAUAACUGUAACAUCAACUGGAAAGGAAGCAGUAAAGCCAUGGAGCAAGACAUGGUUAUUGAAAUGGUAUCAAAGCAAGAGAAGGCAGGACAUUCUGUAUCAACAAUAGUAGCUGAUGAUGACACUACAACCAUUUCGCGAUUAAGAAGUGUUGUAAAUCCAGGUAUUAAGAAAAAAUCUGAUCGAAAUCACGUCAGGAAAAUUUUUACGUCAAAAUUAUAUUCCUUUCAACCAAAACAUAAGAGCCUAUCCAAGAAAGUCAUCGCAUAUCUUCAGAAGUGUACUCUACAUGAUAUCACAGAACCAAGGCAAUGAAGAAGGAAUUUCUCAAGGAUUUGAUGCCAUAUCACUUCAUCCAUUUGGGGACCAUACAUUAUGUAAUCCAAAUUGGUGUUCUCAUGUUGAAGAUCCACUGAAAAAGUACAAAUCACUCCCUUAUGGACGUCCAUUGACAGAUUCAGCACUACAAAAGUGCUUGAUAGAUUUUUUUGCUGAACUUAAAAUGCAUUGUGAAAAAUAUGCAACCCUAUGCAGUACACAAGCCAAUGAAUCUCUUAAUAAGACAAUAGCAUCAAAGGCACCAAAGGCACACUUCUACAGUGGUACUUCAAGUUUAUACCACAGGGUAGCUGCAAGUGUAUCUCAAAAGAAUGUUGGUCGCAGUUAUAUAUCAAAGAACACAAACCAAUAUGUCUAAAGAAAUAAGAGAGGGCACAUGUUAUCAGUCUGGGAUAUCAUCUUCCAGUGUUACUGAAGAUGUCAUUGAAGAAAUCCCUGCUCCAAAGGCUUCUCCAUUUUCAGAACCUUUGACAGUUCCUGCAGCAGUGAAAUUUGUAUUCUUUGACCUUGAAAGUACUGGUUUAGCAAGGACUUCCCACAUCACACAAAUGGCAGCAGUAUAUGGGGACAAGAAAUGGAGCACCUAUGUCUUUUCAAAACAGCCUAUUUCCAAAGGGGCAUCAGAUAUUACAGACCUAUCAAUUGCAGGCAACAGAAUGUAUCACCAUGGCAAAGAGGUCGUCUCAUCCAGUGUAUCCUGUGCAAUUGAAGGAUUCCUGUCAUUUUUACAAAUUCCUAGUUCCUAGACCAGUUUUCCUUGCUGGACAUAAAAUUAGAGUUUUUGAUUGUCCUCUUUUGUUCAAUGCAUUGGAAAACAAUGAAAAAGUUUCUGAAUUUGUUAAACUUAUAUAUGGCUUUAUUGAUACUAAAGUCCUUUUUAAAAAACAGUUGCCAAAUUUAUCUUCAUAUUCACAAGAAAAUAUAUAUAAAUCUGUAACUGGUAAUAAUUACAAUGCACAUGAUGCCUUAGAAGAUGUCUCUUCUCUACAACUCUUAGUUAAUACAAGUAAUGUUAGUAUUCACUCAUGUAAUGAAGCUACUUUUGAUUGUAACUACAGUAAAACCUGUAUAAACCGGCCAGCUACAGGACUAUGAAAAAGGGCCGGUUUGGACAGUGAGCCGGUUUAUUCAGGUUUCCGUUUUGAAAUAAAUGACGUCCGAUAUUUUGCAUGUAAACGUUCUCUCUGAUUGUACAAUUAUAUCUGAUAAAUUAAAAUACUUUCACUUCGUU